ACACCAAAGAGUUGACCCGAUGUUUCCAAUGUCUAAAACUAGCACUUCUCAUAUGGGAACUCAAACACAACAAAUUAUUAGAUAAAUACAACAUACAUGCGUACAGAGGACAUAAUUAUUUGGCCGGUUGUAAACAAAUGCGGAAAAUGACUCAAUUCUUCAACACCAUCAAUCCUUCUAACUUGUCAACACCAUCCAUGUUUUCACCUGCACAUAUAAAGCAAUAUAAAAAUAGCCCAGAUGGCUUCAAACAUAGUUAAAGCGUUGGAUUUCUUUGACUCUUGACUUGCAGCAUGGAAAGAUAUAAGAGAGAGAGCGCCCAAGAAAGGAGUUUAAAUAGCUUAAUUAUAACAAAAUCGUCCAUCAUUAGCUCCCUUAAAUCUGAAUCUUGACCGCGUCGACAGUCCUCCAAGAUCACCACCUUUGAAGGAUAACCACAUGGCAGUCUCACGAGAAUCUGUUCAAAAAACACUGCCGGCCCCCAUGACACUAAAAUAUAAACGAAAAAAAUUCAUGCAUAAGUAUUAAGCAUCGAUAUCAUGAAAUAAUAGUAUAAAAACCAUUAGUAGUACAUAGUAUAAUAAUGAUAAUGCAAAAGGAAUUCAGAAUAAAGUAUAAAAUGUGUCACUUAGUAUAACCGGAGUGACGGCAAUUUAAAUCAUGGUUGUGGGCACUCAGAGAGGGACCAUAGGUUUCAUCUCACCACCUUCCAGUCUUUCCUUGUUUCUUCCCUUAUCUAUUUCAUUACUAAUUUCCCCACCAUCAUCUUCUCUCCCUCACAAACAUUCCUAACAGAACAAAAAGGUGUGUUCUUUUCUUGUGAGAGAGAAACGAAUGGGGAAUUGCCAGGCAGUGGAUGCAGCAGCAUUAGUGAUACAACAUCCAAGUGGGAAGCAGGAGAGGAUGUAUUGGCCGGUCGCAGCCAGUGAGGUGAUGAAAAUGAAUCCAGGGCACUACGUCUCUCUCAUAAUUCCAUUACAGAUUUCUGGUGAAGGCCAAGAGAAUUCAGAUGAUAACAAGACGGUGCGGUUCACUCGUGUUAAGCUUCUCCGCCCGAGUGAUACUUUAGUUCUUGGCAGGGCCUAUCGGCUUGUCACCACUCAAGAGGUCAUGAAAGUGCUUAGAGCAAAGAAGCAUGCAAAAAUGAAGAAACGCCAGUCAGAAUUAGGGGAAACUCUGCAGAUGAAUUCAGAAAAUAAGAGUACCAGUUCUGAGUGUGAGCCUGAGAAGUCUGCAUCACAGAAGAACAAUCAGGCCACAAGACCUGACAGACAUCAGCAGAGAUCAGGAUCGACAAAUUUAGCUGCAGGAAGGCCCAAAUCAUGGCGGCCAUCUUUACAAAGCAUUUCAGAGUCUGGAAGCUGAGAUAGUCAAUUUUAGAGAAAUUUUCUGCUACGCUGUCAACCGCAAAACAUUCAACUUGCAAAAUGUUGAGAAAUGUUUCCUUUGUAUAGCUAAUAGGAGAGAAUGGUAAACAAGAGUCUCUUUCUUGACUAAUACAUGUUUUCCUAGUGAAAUUUGAACA